GCCCUGGCCGUGCUGGUGAUGAUGGAGAUGUAUCUACUGCUGGGGGGGCCUCUCAUGCUCCGAGGCCGGGGCGUGGUGUCGGGCGACUUCGCGAGAGCUCGCGAGUGGGCGCCCGCGUCGAUCCUGCCGCGCACCUUCGAGAUGCGGGCCCCGUCGAAGACCCAGACCCUCGCGGAGGCGCUGGCGCAGCUGGGCCGAGAUCAGGGCGGCCUCGUGUUGUUCGGCUUCUCGUCCGCCGCCCUGCGCCAGGUCCUGGGCGCGGUCGCCGCGGCGUGGCGCCUGGGGCCGCUGGGCCCCCUCGACGCCAACCGUUUCUGGCGCGCGGACGCGAGCCUGGACUUCGCGACGGGGGCCCCGCGCCGGGGGGGUCCAGCGCCGUGGGCGCCG